GUUUUCUCUGCUUUCUCUGUGUCAUCAGACUCUGUAUCCUCUGUUUUCGAGUCACUGAGUCAUGGCGAUUCGCAGCUCGCUCAACGGACCAUCUCUUCGCCGGAGCUCCGUCGCCGGAGCUAGAUUCAUGUCGUCGUGGUUCCGCACCAUCGAGCCGGCUCCUAAGGACCCGAUCCUCGGAGUCACCGAAGCUUUCCUCGCCGAUCAGAGUCCAAACAAAGUCAAUGUCGGAGUGGGUGCGUAUCGCGAUGACAACGGAAAGCCUGUGGUUUUGGAAUGUGUUAGAGAAGCAGAAAGGAGGAUUGCAGGAAGCGAGUUCAUGGAGUAUCUACCUAUUGGUGGAAGCAUAAAAAUGGUAGAAGAAUCCCUGAAGCUGGCAUAUGGAGAAAAUUCCGAGUUCAUCAAGGAUAAAAGAAUUGCGGCAGUGCAGGCUUUAUCUGGGACAGGUGCAUGUCGACUUUUUGCUGCGUUUCAACAGCGUUUUCAUCCCAACACCCAGAUCUAUAUACCAGUGCCUACUUGGGCCAAUCACCAUAAUAUUUGGAGAGACGCUGGAGUGCCAAUGAAGACAUUCCGUUACUAUCACCCCGAGUCUAGAGGAUUGGAUUUUGCAGGCGUGAUGGAUGACAUAAAGAAUGCCCCAGAUGGUUCCUUCUUUCUGCUUCAUGCUUGUGCCCAUAAUCCUACUGGUGCAGAUCCUUCAGAAGAACAAUGGAGAGAGAUCUCUACCCUAAUAAAGGCUAAAGGUCAUUUCCCUUUCUUUGACAUGGCAUAUCAAGGUUUUGCAAGUGGUGAUCCAGAGAGAGAUGCAAAAGCCAUCAGGAUAUUUCUUGAAGAUGGUCAUUUAAUUGGACUUGCUCAAUCAUAUGCAAAAAAUAUGGGACUGUAUGGCCAGCGAGCAGGAUGCCUAAGCGUGCUUUGUGAAGAUGAGAAACAAGCUGUGGCUGUAAAAAGCCAGUUGCAGCUGAUUGCUAGACCCAUGUACAGUAACCCACCUCUCCAUGGAGCACUUAUAGUUUCAACUGUCCUUGGUGAUCCAGAGUUGAAGAAGUUAUGGCUUAAAGAAGUCAAGGUUAUGGCAGACCGCAUCAUCGGAAUGCGGACAACACUUCGAGAGAACUUAGAGAAGAGAGGGUCUCCUUUGCCAUGGCAGCACAUAACCAAUCAGAUCGGUAUGUUCUGCUACAGUGGAAUGACACCAGAACAGGUUGAUCGUUUGACAAACGAGUUUCAUAUUUACAUGACUCGCAACGGUCGUAUCAGUAUGGCUGGUCUUAAUACGGGCAACGUUGGAUAUGUGGCCGAUGCUAUCCAUGAGGUUACAAAAUCAGCCUAGAUUAUUCAAUUAUACAAGAGAACAAAUUUUUGCCCUUGGGAAUGACAAACCCAUCAGAAAUAGUCUUGUCCAGGGGAGCACAAUAAAAUUUGGACACAUUUCAUCAUCGUACUCAUUUUCAUCACCUUGUUUCAACUGUGGUUAGAGGGUAAUAUUCAGGGUUUUCCCAUGCAUAUUGAAGACCCCUAUGACAUUAGAUCCAUUUUUGUAGUCCUCUUUGUAGGCACUUUGCGAUGCAUCUCCUCACCUUUUAUUUUUUUAAGCAAAAUAAUUUGAAAAGUGGAUUGAAUAAGAGGGGUUUAUUUAUAAUGAAACAGCUAGUAGUAGGUUCACUUUUACUAUACUGUCAGGCAUUAUUCUUGUCAUUGAACAUUUGCCAUUGUUGAUUCUAUAGGGAUCUUCAGAAGCUUGAUUUUUCAAUACCUCUAUAAGCUCGAUUUAUGACAUGCAUAUUUGGUUCAACUUAUUUUGGAAAAAUAAUCGUUUAUUUCCUAUAACUUUCUGGGAGAGUAAAAAAUAAAUGAUUAUUUCUCUAGAAUUAAGCUAAAUCAAACAUGUAGGCUAAUUUACUGGACCUGAGUUUGUUUAGAUGUCAUCCAUGCCUAUAAUUUAGCCUACAUUGCUGGAAUUACCUUGUGCAAGCAAAUGAUCAAAUCAAUAUCAAUAUAUGGAUACAUUGCCGACAUUGUAAGACCUAAAUCGUGUAAAUCUACGCCUUGCAAUUUUGAAAGAGAGAUUGAAUGAAAAUAAAAUUUUAUAAUUGUCUCCAAUCUAUACUGAGGAAAAUUGACUUGAGUCCAAUGCUUGUAAUCAUUCUGUAUGAAAUUUAAUAGUCAAAUCAGUAUUUGCAUAUC